AUGGACGUGUGUUUUAGCCCUGGCGCAGCUAUUCCUACAGGGGCGCCAAUCCCAGUAUUGACAAAUCCGCGGCUAGAGGAUAUUCGUCAUCCCUCAGAAGAUUGGACCGGCGUAACAAGUACCGCGGAGAGGAGGAAGUUGCAAAACCGGUUGAACCAGCGCGCACGUCGGCGCAGGAAACAGAAGGAGAAGCAAACGUCCCCGUCGGGCUCGACUGAAGAAUGUGACUCCUCGAGCGCGAUGGUGAAGUUGGAGAGCUCACCCGACGAGAGUGUCGAGAUCCAUUCCCUGGCGCCUUGCUCUCCGGACUAUAGCAAAGAACGUCGACAAAGGAGAUCCAAUCUCUGCCAAUAUGCUCAUGAAGAGACGCGAAGAAGCAUGGAAAGGUUCGCUAGAGAAGCCUACGAAGACUAUAUCCGCGGUCAGCCCUGCCCUGCCUACCUCACAGCCCUCGUCCGCGUCAACGUCUUUUACGCCCUCGUUCGCAAUGCCGACGCUCUUAACUUUAGUGCCGAUUGGCUGUGCUACGAGGCUAUUUCACCGUUUAACAAGAUCGGCCCCGGCCUUGGUCCAUCGACGCCGGGCCCGUCAUGUCCUGAUAACAUGCGUCCCACUGCCCUACAGGUCACUGUUCAGCACCACCCUUGGAUCGAUUUCUUCCCGCAUCCGCGUAUGCGCGACAACUUCCUGCGAGUAGUGUCAGAGAUGGGAGAAGACUACGUAGACGAAGAUGAUAUGUGUCGGGAUAUUGUUGACGUAGGGGCCGGGGCCGGGAUUGAGGAAGCUGCGCUUAUUGUAUGGGGUGAGCCAUGGGAUCCCAGGGGCUGGGAGGCCACGGAACCUUUUUUAAGAAAAUGGGGCUGGCUGCUGGCCGGUUGUACCGAGAUGCUUGAAGGGACGAAUUACUGGCGGCAAAAAAGGGGCCUCAAGAAGCUUAGGUUCGCCUGA